UCUCGUGGUACUUAGGCCGGGUGAUAGGUGAAAAUGGCAUCUGCAGUCGUCAUCCGUAAUGUUUGCAAAACACUGCCAACAAUCAAUAUUUUUAAUCGCUUUUCAUUUAGAAGUUAUACAUCUGGAGCUAGCACAGGUAAUUUAGAUAUUGGUAAAUUGGGUCAUGUUUCAUUAAUUGGAUUAAAUAACCCAGAGAAGAGAAAUGCUGUUGAUCCAUUCACAGCUAAACAGCUUAUUGAAGCUUUCCAAGACUUUGAAAAAGAUGAAAAUGCAAGAGUGGCUGUUUUAUAUGGAAAAGGUGGGUAUUUUUGUGCAGGUUUAGAUCUCAAGUCCUUGUCACAAUCUGAGGGUAAUAUUAAAACACAGGAACCUAAUGAUGGAAUAAGAGCACCUAUGGGUCCAAGUAGAAUGAUGUUUAGUAAACCUGUUAUUGGAGCUAUAAGUGGUUAUGCUGUAGCAGGUGGAAUGGAACUAGCUCUGUUAUGUGAUCUAAGAGUUGUAGAAGAAUCAGCUAUUAUGGGGAUAUUCUGCAGAAGAUUUGGAGUACCCCUGGUAGAUGGAGGGACAGUACGUCUGCCUGCGCUGAUCGGUUUAUCUCGAGCUUUAGAUCUUAUUCUAACAGGGCGACCAAUCAACGCUAAGGAGGCUUUACAGUUUGGAUUGGCAAAUCGUGUUGUUCCAGAUGGCACUGGAAAGGACUGAGCAACGCUAUAGAACUAGCAAAUGAAAUUGCAGCCUUUCCACAGAGAUGUAUGAAAGCUGAUCGUAGGUCUGCAUACAACUCAACAUUUGAUGCUGAAACAAUGAUGGAUGGUCUACAGUAUGAGUUUGUUAAUGGGAUGAAAGUAGUUCAAGAUGAAGCCGUUCCAGGUGCCCAAAGAUUUAAAGAUGGAGUUGGAAGACAUGGAAGCUUUACUAAGAAAUAGAAAUAAUCCCCCCAAUAGUAUUUUAUCUUACAAUUAUUCUUAUUGGUCAGACCCAAUGAUCUUCAGUGGUACAAUUCUUCGUAUUUGUCUGACCCAAUGAGCCUUACAAGUCUUCUUAAUGGUGAAAAAUAACCCAAUGAUCUUCAGUGAUAAAGUCUUUUUAAUGAUGAAAAAAACUGUGAUGAUCUUCAAGUUCACAAUUCUUUUCAUCGGUAAGAAUUAAAAUCUUCCAAUUAUUGAGAAGAAAACCAAUGGUACAAGUCUUCCAACAAUUCCUUGAAUAUUCCUUGAUAUGGUAAUACUUUCACAUGGAAAACUAAUAUUUAUUGUUACAACGCUAACAGUACAGCGGCUCUGUAAGGCCAGCAAAUGAAAUUUGUGAUUGGCUGGUUCUACAGCUCUGAUCUAAUUAUGGUUAGAGAAUAUUAAUCUUGUUAUGUCAGGUCACAAUGUUGCUAAUCGAAAUUUAACUUGUGCUCACAAAUCAAAAUAUAUUGGAAGUGUAUUCAAAGCUUUUUGCUUGUCAAGCAGCCACAGGAUUUCUUUCUUUACCUUUUGAUUAAUCUAUGUAUGUUAUAAUUUGAAAUAGCCAAAGUUAAAUACAAUUUUAUGAUCUGGAAAAAUGUUAGUUUCGAGAACUCCAGACCAAAUUGUCUGCAAUAUUAAUCUGGAAAAAAAAGGGGACCAACAGUGCUAAUUAACUGACUCCACUCGUCUUAAAGAGCACAUUAAAUGACCAAUAUAAAUAGUAUGUACUUUAGGCUAGUGUUACUAUACAAUUUAUUACAAUUUAAUUCAAAUCCAUUCAUAAUCAAAUGAGACAUCUUCUUUCAAAGUCACAAAUAUGGAACUGCCCUGAAACCAAUUAUGCCAAUUAUCUAAAAUACUCAAAUUUGUUAUAUAUGAAAUUGGCGAGACAGCGCAGUAUUCCAUGUAAAACGAGUGGUUUAACUUUAGUUCAUAUUUAGAAUUUGUCAUGAAUAUGCCAUAAAUCUGCCCUUUCUGAGUUAGUCCCCAUAACAUAGUUUUAGGGGGUUGUAAAUCAUUAACACCGAUGUGCAAAGGAUUAUUGUUGAUCACUGUCUGCAACUGUGCCCUCCAACAAAUACACAUUAUAGUAGACUCUUUAUAAAAUGGGUGUAAUCAAUCACUGAACCCCAUCGCUCUAUUGUCUUGCCACCUUUCUUGCUUGUAACUAGAAAAUUGAAUAAUUAAUUCAAAGCUGUGCUAUAACUGAAACUAUUGUAGGAAUUAUAAUGAUGAUUUUGUUAAAACUUUGUAUCAUGUAAAUCUUUUUAUUAAAAGUUUACUUGUGAGACAGUGCAAACUAAAUGCAUACAAAGCUUCAGGAGAGACAGAUAUUAUAAACCCUCUGAUAAUCUCUCUGGUGCAUGUGCAAAAUGUGCCACAUUGGAUGAUUAGAAGUGGUGCAUUGCAUCCUUUAUUUUUAGCAAAUGUUAUCUUCUUUUACUUUAAUUUGUUUUCAGUUAAAAAUAUGCUUAAACAUACAUUAUGCAAGAGAAAAAUCUGCCUAUUGUAGGUCUUUCUUUAGGCCUGAAAUGUUAUAUAAACUAUUAAUUAGACAUUAAUUAACGUAUCCAGACCAUAAUCAACUCUUGAUGUCAACGCUAGCCUGCGAUAAUUGUUGGAUUAUGAUCCAAUUUGCUGUAUAACUUUCCUUCUCGAUUUAACGAUUAAGUAGAUAAUCGAGACUAUGAUUUUUGUCGUACUGACUGUAGUAAUGAUGACUGCGGUUAUGCCGAACUUUCAAUCGCUUAUUCCUCGGUUUAUAGUGGAUCAAUUUGACUGAAAUUCUCAGCAAAUUGCCUUUACAUUAUCUAGUUUUUAACUAUUAUAGUGAGAACUGCCAACUCGUUAUCUAAUCUCCCAUAAUGUAUCUUUAAUGAAUCAAAUUAGGAAACCUUUGAAUUGCGUCCUACCAAAUAUAGUAUUGAAUGGGUUGAUCAGUAUUCUACUUCCACAUUUAUUGAAUGAUGCUUGUCACAAUUUGCUCUAAUAAAGUUAAUUUGCACAAAAAUCAAUUAUAUCUCAAAAUUGACCCUGUGGACCAAAUAUUUUACAUGUAAACAGGUACUGAUUUCACAAAACAAAGAAACUAGUAAUUAAAAAAAUUUAAUUUCAAAUUUAACUUUGAUUUUUUUUACCUAUUUCCAGAGAUCGCAUAAAAAAGUUCUAAACAUCCAACAUAUUUUGAUUGUUAUAUUGUAUGGAAUACAAUUACUGUUUAUUAGUUUUACUGUUUAACAGUUUUAGUUUAAGAAUUGGGUCACCUUCAGGGUUAUUGUUGUUUAUUUAUAUCUAAAUAAGGUGGCAUCAUUUUUAUAAGACAUCAUUUCGUUGUUAAAUUCAGAUUAGAGAUAUCCAGUGGAAUGGUUGCUCUGUUAAUAAAAAACCAGUAAUUAUAUUACAUAGAAAUGUAUCCUGGGUAUAACCUGAUCCAUUACUAAAUUCCAUCCAAACAAUUUUAAUUGAUGUUAAUGAAAUUUGUUAUUGUUUUUGUUCUGAAAUAAAGCUGCCAAAUGCCAAUUAGUUAUUAACUAUUAUAUAAUAUCGUGUGUUUUUUUUCUAUUUUGGU